AUGGAGAAAGAUCCAGAAAAUGUACCCAUAGUGGAGCCGUCAUCUACCGCUCACAAGAAAAGGAGUGGAAUAGGAGCCCGCGAACUCCAAACGUUAGCCGUGCCACUACCAGCAGCCAUUAGAGUCGGCUUGGCGUCUGUUGCCGAGUAUAGUCGUAUGAUGAGUGCUUGGGACAAGGCAACAGUGCACGACCUUUGUUCGAUCCAUCAAUACUACAGGGUUGAACUAAAUCCUUACUACUUCAAGCUGUAUCUUGCUCGCUAUGCCUAG